AUGUGUUACUACGGUGGAUACUAUGGAGGCCUGGGCUAUGGCUAUGGAGGCCUAGGCUAUGGAUAUGGCUAUGGUGGCUAUGGUGGCUAUGGUGGCUAUGGUGGCUAUGGUGGCUAUGGUGGCCAUGGUUAUGGAUGCUGCCGCCCACUAUACUAUAGAAGAUACUGGUCCUGUGGCUUCUAUUGA